AUGCCUUCCACUCGAUACACCUUUGAUCCCGACGGAGACUUGGUCCUGGUUCUUUCAAAGCCGACGGCAACAACGAAUGCGGCGAGCCCACAGACUACCGAGGGGAUUGGUAAAGAUGCUACCGAAGGUUCUCCUAAAAGCGCUGCCGGUCCACCCAGCAAGAGAAGCAAGAAACGCAAGCGGGAGUUCUCAAAACUAACUGCACCAGCUGGGGAAGCGGAAAAGAUCAGUAUGAUAGUCUCGUCAAAACACAUGAUUCUAGCCUCGCCGGUCUUCAAAGUCAUGCUGCAGCCUGGACGUUUCAAGGAAGGAAUGCAGCGAAAUGCUGCUGGUCAAAUUGAAGUCGACCUGCCGGAUGAUGAUCAAGCCGUAAUGGUCAUCGUACCGGACAUCAUACAUGGCCGCAAUAGUCUUGUCCCCAAGCAGGUUGACAUGGAAAUGUUGACCAACUCGCAAUACUGCCAAAAGCAGAGCACUCAAAGAUGGAUGGCCAUAUCUUGGGUUUUUGGAAGAGAGAAAGAGUUCGCCGCAAUUACAAGAGCAGCCAUUAUUGGUUGCCGUGCCAAUUUCACUGAUGAGGUGACCGAUCUUCCAAUUCCAGAGAAAGUCCUAGAAAUGGUCGCAAGAAACCGGGCGGCAAAUAUAUCCAAGCUAUUUGAUUUCAUCAAGCAAGUCAUCGAAAGAUACCGAGGAAUCAAUGUCAUUUGUGGAUCCGCAUAUGAUGCUAUGGUCCUUGGAUCUCUUAUCAAGGGAUUGUCGGCAGCAGGGGUUUGGCCGAUUCAGGAGCCUCCAUACCACGGUAUAACAUUCAACGAGCUCGCCAGUGUCAUCGCAGAUCUCAAGGCGGUGUCACUGUGUGAUGAAAUAGAUUCAUAUACAAAGUAA